CUUUUCUAAUAUCGACGUUCGCACUGGCUCACUGUUCUUCUAAAAUCACCAAAAAUACAAAAACUGCUGACUCUUUAAAAUCGCAACUACACAAAGAUGCCAUCGCCAGUCGAUCAUAAGCUAAGCGAGCCUGUCGUGACCUCCAUCCCCGAGGUUCCCGUCACUGUCCAACGCAAGCCUUUCCUGCAACCGGAGCAUAAGCAGAAGCUUGCCCAUACCGGCACUCCAAGAGCCAAUAUUGCUGCAACUUAUGAAAAGCCCAAUGGCACCACAGCGAAUGGCUGGGCUCAGAGACAUCGCCAUCAAACUGUUCUCCAGCAGCAUUGCGAUUUCUUCGACACAGAUAAAGAUGGCGUGAUCUAUCCCACCGACACCUUCUGGGGUUUCCACAGGCUCGGAUUCGGCAUCUUCCUCUCCCUUCUCUCCGUCUUCAUCAUCCACAGCAACUUCUCAUACCCAACCCUGCCCGGCUACCUCCCUGACCCUCUGUUCCGCAUCUACACCGACAGGAUCCACAAGGACAAGCAUGGCAGUGAUACCAACACCUACGACACCGAGGGCCGCUUCAACCCGCAAAAGUUUGAAGACAUGUUCGCCAAGUAUGCCCAAGGUCGGGAUUUUAUGACCAUCUGGGACAUUCUUGCCAUGUUGAAAGGUCAAAGACUGGUUGCCGACCCCAUUGGCUGGGGUGGCGCUUUCUUCGAAUGGUUGGCUACCUAUCUCAUGCUAUGGCCUGCUGAUGGUCGCAUGCAAAAGGAAGACAUCCGUGGUGUUUAUGACGGCAGCAUAUUCUACACCAUUGCUGCUCGCAGGUCUCAAAAAUGAGCAUCUAAAAUGACCAGUUCUAUUGCCACGAGACUGUAAGGCUGUCCCUUUGGCCCUGAUACCUCGCGUCCACAUGGCAAUAAUACUUGAUACGGUAUUAUGAGGUCUCGGGAAAGCUUACAGCGUAUAAGAGAAUAUUAAAGUUGCGGAAUUGGAUAUUAUUUUACCUAUAGUAUCGUCGUAGAAGAAAUAGAUAUCGAUC